ACGAAAAUGGGAUGAGAGUACAGAAUUGGAGAACUGAGAGAGAUUAUAAAUUUAUGAAACCAAAAGCUGCUCUUGCUAUGCCGCCGAUAAUGUCUGAGUACCGUCACAGCGUCACCAUUAUCUGCGAGGAAUCCGUACAGUAUUCUCUUGUCAGCCACCUCUCCGCGGCCUUACGACGGGAGGCCAUCUCUGUGUUCGUGGACUCAUGCGGCUUUCAGGAAACCAAACCAUUUGUGACAGAUGGGGCUAGGGUUUCUGUGGUGGUUAUUUCCAACAUAGCGGACUCAUGCGGUCCUCGGGUUGUUAAGUUCUUAAAGGUUAUCAAGCGGCAGAGGAAAAGUGGCAACGUGGUGGUUCCAGUCUUCUACCGCGUCGAUCCAUUGACCCAAGUUUACGGGUGGGCCAAGAGAAUGCUGGAGGCCGAAAAACUAACAAGCCACCAAUCAAGGAUCUCAAGCAAUAGGAUACUCACAGACUCCGAACUAGUGGAAGAGGUCGUCAGAGAUGUGUAUGGGAAGCUGAAUCCUGCAGAGCGGGUUGGGAUUUACUCGAGGCUACUAGAGAUCGAGAACAUGCUUUACAAGCAACCGAUGAGAAACCAAAGCAUAGGAAUUUGGGGUAUGCCUGGCAUAGGCAAGACGACCCUCGCAAAAGCAGUCUUUGACCACAUGUCCAGUGAUUAUGAUGCGUGUUGCUUCAUCGACCAUUUUGAUGAAUCGUUCCAUAAGGUGGGCCUUCACCGUUUGUUCCAAGAAAGAAUUGGUGCAAUUCUAGAGGCAGAGUUUGACAUAAAGAGCUCUUAUGUUAUGACACCGAGCCUCUAUAGUGAUAAAUUAUGCGAUAAAAGGAUUCUCCUUGUUCUAGACGAUGUGCACGAUUCUCUGGCUGCAGAGUCUUUCCUUAGAAGGCUUGAUUGGUUUGGUCCCGGAAGUGUGAUAAUCAUAACCUCCAUAGAUAAACAAGUGUUUUCCUUUUGUCAGAUCAAUCAGAUCUACAAGGUUCAAGGUUUAAAUUGGCACGAGGCUCUGCAGCUAUUUUCCCAAAAGGCAUUUGGACAAAAUGUGCCAGACCAGAAUGACAUGGAACUGUCAUUGAAAGUGAUUGACUAUGUUAAUGGAUACCCGUUAGCUCUCAGUAUAUAUGGCCAAGAGCUAAAGGGGAAAAGGUCAGGAAUGGAGGCUGCUUUCUUGGACCUCAAGAAAUAUCCUCCCCAACAGAUUCAAGAUGCGCUGAAAAACGUCUAUAAUGCACUUGGCGACAACGAGAAACACAUUUUUUUGGACAUUGCUUGUUUUUUCAGGGGAGAAAAUGUCAGCUAUGUGGUCGAGAUGCUUGAGGGAUGUCGUUACUUUCCACGUGUUGGAAUAGAUGUUCUUGUGGAUAAGUGUCUGGUAACUAUUUCAGACAACACAGUGCAAAUGAAUGAACUGAUACGAGACAUCUGCCAACAAAUAUUCAUUGGAGAAACUGAGAGCUGCACCAGAAUAUGGGAAUCUACCAACAUCAGAUAUCUACUAGAAGAUUAUGAACUUGAAGCAUGUGGAGGAUCCAGAGCAACGCCUAAGUGUGAUUUGGUCGCUGAAGACACUGAAAGCAUAUCUCUGGAUACAUCGAACAUGAAAUUUGAUGUCAAACACGAUGUCUUCAAUAAUAUGUUUAAUCUUAGAUUUGUGAAGAUAUACAACAGUUCCGGCUCUAAAGAUGUUCGUGGACUCAAUUUCCCAAAGGACCUGGAUUCUCUACCUUGUGAGCUAAGGCUCCUCCAUUGGGAGAACUAUCCAUUGCAAACCUUGCCUCAAAAUUUUGACUUUGAGCACCUUAUUGAUCUCCGUAUGCCUUACAGUCACCUUCACAAAUUUGGGGCAAGAUCCAAGAACGUCAAGAUGUUGAAGAGGAUCAUGCUUUGUCAUUCUAAAGAGCUAGUUGAAUGUGACAUUUUACUAUAUACUCAAAAUAUAGAGCAAAUUGAUCUCCAAGGUUGUACAAGAUUGCAGAGUUUGCCAAACAUGAGUGAACUACAGCAUCUCCGAGUUGUAAAUCUCUCAGGUUGCACAGGGAUCAAAAGCAUCCGAGGAUAUCCACCAAAUAUUGAGGAAUUGCAUCUCCAAGGAACUCAUAUAGUAGAGCUACCAAUAUCCAAUGUGACCCACACCCUGACAGCUAAACUGGACCGGAAAAAGCUUUUGAGUCUUCUAGAAAACUUGCAAGAUGUUGAUCAUAUUGAUCUUGACAGCGUAACAAGUCUUGCUAAAGUUGCCUCAGAUAAUCAUCAGGAUUUUAGAAAGCUUGUUCUCUUGAAUAUGAAAGAUUGUUCUCAACUGCGAAGUCUUCCUGACAUGGUAAAUUUAGAAUCUCUACAAGUUCUUCUUCUGUCUGGGUGCUCAGAGCUUGAGGAAAUCAAUGGUUUGCCAAGGAACCUGAGAAAGCUAUACCUUGGUGGCAUCGCAAUACGAGAAGUGCCACCGCUUCCCCAAAGCCUAGAGUUCUUGAAUGCUCAUGGUUGUAAGCAUCUCAAGUUAAUUCGUUUGGAUUUUGAGGGGCUUCCUAGGCACUACACUCUUAGUAAUUGUUUUAGUCUAUCUUCAGAAGUGGUCUCUGAAUUUUUGGAGAACGGUUUGACUAAAUUAGCAAUGUUAGCUAGCGAACAACAACAGGAACCCCUCAAAACAUCCGCAGUCAACAUAUGUAUUCCUGCAGACGCACGUCAGAAAUCCUCGUUUCUUUCAAGUUCAGGUCCAAAUGUAAAGAUAGAGCUAGCUCCUUGGAACCGAGAAGCUCUUUCAGGCUUUGCUAUGUCAGUUGUGGUAUCAUUUCGAGAUGAUUACCACAAUGUCGUAGGUCUAGGGAUUAGGUGUACAUGCACAUGGAAGACCAGGAACGGCCAUGCUGAUGAGAUACAAAGAGUAUAUCACUGUUGGGAUCCAACAGAAGCUCCAAAGGUUGAAAGGGAUCACAUAUUUGUGAUUUGCGAUACAGAAAUGCAUCGACGUGGUGGUGAAGAAAUCUUUUCUAAUAUCUCAGAUGAUGAAAUCAAAUUUGAAUUUCAGACAGUGAGUGGGGAGAACAAGCUUUUAGGUGAUAGUUGCAUGGUGACGGGAUGUGAUGUCCAGGCAAUUACGGAUGGAACAGGUGACACGACCGUCAGUGAAAUAAUUGAAGUAAGUCUUAUUGAAGAAGAUACUCCUCCUUUGCUCAAAGAGCCACAGGCAACGACUUGUUCUCUUUUAUCCAGUGAACCACAGAAGUCCCCUGGUUACGUAACUACUGAGGGAUUUGGAAAAACGGAAAUGGUUGAUAAAGACUUAGCAACUGGGCAAGCAGUAAGACAAAGCUCCACAAAGGAGACGCAUGAAGAAGACAGUACACACGAACGGGAAAAUAACGAAGGUGGAGUAGGUUGUGUUUCCAUCCCAACCAAAGACCUACCAAUGGAAGAAGCCACUCGUAAAAGCACCAUAAAGGAGUGGCUCAAAAAACAUGCACUAGGUUGUGGAGUAGGUUGUUUUCCCCUGGUGAUAUCAAAGUCUCCCAAAAACUGGUCAAACGGGAAAGAGGCAGACAAAUCGCGACAAAGGAGUGGUAGCAAAUCUGGACGCUCGCGUCCAUGUGACUCGUCCGGCAAGGUUCCACGAUUCACUUUGGGCGUUGAUGGAUGGCCCAUCGCAGGCCAUCAUAUACAACGUAUUGACCUAAGUUCAGCCCAGUCGAAAAAUGCUCCUAUAAGUAAUGUGGUGCGCAUCAUAUGAGAUGUAUGUGUGCAUCAUAUAUUCAUUUUAUAUGUAGAAACCCCUUCAGACUUUGACAGAGGUUGAGAUUUUAAUUCUCAGAAAAAAACUGAUUUUUUAAACAAUUAUGUUGAUUUACAAGGUAUCAUAAACAUAGUGCAAAUAAACUUUGUUAGGUGUGAAUCUUCAUAGAAUAUUUAUGUAUAAAUCAUCAUAAGACAAGUAAUAAAC